AUUUCGCAACAAUUCACCAAUCAUUCAAACUUUGAUUAUUUUAUAUACAAAAUAUUUAACCAGGCGCGAUUGGAAGAAAGUGCAUAUAACAGUGAAAUUGUUACUUAGUUUUCUAGUACAUAUAAUAUAUAAUUUGUACAUAAAACUCAUGAAAAACUGCUAAAAAUUUUAUAGAUUUAAAAGCUUGAAAUAAUAAGCCAAGAUGUUCUGCCCACAAAACAAUUCGUACCUUCAACGUGAGAUCCCGAUGGACCCACGGCUUAUCAACAAGGCUGUGCGGCGGGCUAUGAGAAAGCCUAUAAUCGCUCCUGACGAUGAAGUCCCAUCACAAGCUCAGCGGCUAGAAUCCAUGCAGCCUUCCUUAUUUGCUCCCGGGGUGGACAUCACGCAAGCCCAUCUCGGCUAUGGCCGCCCCGGCCUUCGCAUUGUUGCGAGAGAACUCGUCUCAGAUGACCCUCUUAUUCAAUCACAAGCUGUCCACACUGUUUUAGACAAGGUUCAACAAGCAGACAGCGCUCUAUACCUUAUCGAUCUGAACGUUAUUUAUAAUGUUGUCAAUCUAGUCACUCACAGCGACGCCCUGAUUCGAGAGAAGUCUAUCUUAAUUCUCACCCAUCUGUCCAACUACUACCAGGGCAAGCAACGCAUCAUGAAGCGCCCAGUCAUCAUCGACCACUUCAUCAAUAUAUUCUGGAACGACUGCAAAGAGAUACGCUACGUGGCAGCUCUCUGUCUCAAAACUCUGGCAAGAGACAGAUGCACUUGCGAAAAGAUCUUGAAAAAUGAUAGAAUUAUAGAAACACUCCUGCAAGUGGUGCGCAAAGAUCAUACAAGUACAGUCGUAUAUAUGUUGAAUGUUCUUAGAAAAUUGAUGGAUUACGAUCAAGAAAGACCUCUCAAAGCCAAUGCGUUUCAAAUAAUGUGGCAUUUUAUGAAAUAUCACGAUAACAGGAUCAUUGUCGCGGCUAUGGAAUGCAUGACGCAGCUUUGCAAGCAUAAAGUCGGAAAGAAAUUAGCUGACCAGCAUGAUAUGUUGAAGGAGAUGAGGUUGUAUUUACUGGCUUCUGACGUGGAAGUGAUGAUCAGCGCUGCGGGCCUGUUGCACUAUCUCACACUGACGGACAUGUCGAAGUGGCGGUGCAAGCAAUUCCAAUGGGACAUGAUACAGCGCUUGGUGACUUUAGCCGUGGCGAGUAACCUGCCGUCAUUGCAGCUGCGGUGCAUACAAGUGCUGAUCAAUCUAUGCGACUGUAACGAUAUAAGAGAGCACAUCAGAUUCAUAUGGAAGGAAAAGAUCCAGGGAAUAAAGGUGAAGACACAUGAGUCUUGGAACGGUUACACGGAGUUUAGCACAUUUGGGUAUAAAACCGGGUUUAACAAUAAUUCUAUGAGCAUAGAAGGCGUUGAGACCAUCAGGACUGACUACGGUGAACAUAAUCUUAUGACCGAUACCAGCUUUUUGAGACGUAUACGAGAAGCAAAGAUGAGAUUGUUGAAAGUAAUAGAUACUUACCCUUAUAUUUAAUUUUAAUCUUUUUACUUUUAGCAGUUAGGUACUGUGAUGAGCUGCCUACAUCGCGACGUUUUGUUUUUAGUAUUUUUUUAUGGACUUAAAAUUUUCUAAUAGAUGUAUUUAUCAUGUACUGAGAAAUGAGUAUUAAACAUGUAUAUUUUACUUAAUUUUCUGGUUAAUUACAUGAUUUUAUCUUGGGAUU